AUGGCAACUCAGUUAGCUGGGGUUGAUGACGAGACCGCUGAAUCUUGGCGGCUAGUCCAUCCGGAAGUGGACCAAACGAAGAAAAUUGUGCUGCACAAUGUUGCCGACCUCACGGUAUCAGGAAUACGGCGGCUAUGCAGCUCCUAUGGCACGGUGGUUGAUGCGUAUAAAACAAACAAAGCCGGUCUAGCGUUCGUCGAAUUUUCCAAUGAAACGGAAGCGGCACUCGCUGUCAAGCAGCUUAACAUGAAGCUUGGCUUUAAUUACAAUGCCGAUCUGGCAAUGCCAAAAGAAACGUUACCAACGAUUACGACUGAUGCAACAAACGAUGAGGCUAAAGAUGUACCAUUAACGGACGAGAGCUGGGAACGCACCAGCUUAAAGCGCAGAUUCAAUUUAGGCUUCUCGUUACCCUUGUUGAUUAACUUUCCCGCACAGGAAUCGCUAGCCACGAGUGCACAUUAUCGUGCGACGGACGGUUGCUUAAAACGCACCGAUCCCGAGUUGUUUUUCCGCAUCUACAACGUACAGGAACUGUUUGAUACACCCAAACUGAUGCUCUACGAUCCGGAAGAACUGCAAAAACGUAACAAAGCGUCAGAGAAGAAAUAUUCUGACGAGCGAAAUCAUUUCGAUGGGGAGUUUUUUACGUACCGCGGACUGACCGAGGAGGAGCGCGCUCAUUUCGAGAUCAAGUAUUGUGUGGUUUGCAAGGGGUUAGGAUUCAGCUACUGCAAGGAUUGUGGCACUCACUACUGUUGCAUAGAACAUCAGCGGCAGCAUCUCGAGGAACAUAAUCGCUACUGUUCGCCAAUAGAUCCCGCGGGCGACACACCAACGGAGAUUAAAAGUGAUACAGAAGCUCAGCCAGCAGCGACCAACGUGCUCAAGAGAGAUCCGCUUCCGGCGAAAGUAGAAGUGAUUAUUACUGCCGUUCUAACACCGGAUCGCAUUUAUGUACGGUCGGCAGAGAAAUCCGCCAUUGAGCAGUACGUUGAAACGAUCGGAGAGUUUGCUGCGGCCGGGCUUAAUGCUGCUCCCGUCGUCAAGAGCAAAGCGCCGACCGUGGGUGACAUUUAUCUAGCGAUGUACGAACCACUGGGGGUCUAUGGCCGUGUAUUGGUCGCCGAUGUCAAUGCGAAACGGUCAAAGUGUGUGUUCAUCGAUUACGGGAUGGUCGCGUUUGUUAGUAAUGAUGCUUUACUGCUCAUCGACGAUCCCGUGCUGGCGCACCGGAAGGUGCUCCUGUACAAGGUAUGCCUAACGGACAUAACGGACGAGCAAGGUGAGCGGGAAAAGGCUGUACAGUAUCUGCUUAAUCUGAAGGACCGUCCUUUGCGAAUGCAUUAUCGACUCGAGGGUAACAACAUCGUGAAUGUGCAGCUACAAACACCCGAAGGAGAAAGCGUAAAUGAUAUGAUCAAUAAGCUUAUCAAAAUUAUUCCACUCAAAAACAUUCGUAGCGAUUCGUACGUAAUGUAUAAGGAUCUAACCCAAUCAGUUCCAGCGGUCGGUAAAAAUAAGCAAAUCAUGAUCCUGAACCGUACAACCAUCCUGCUGGACAGCCGAAUAACGUGGAUAUCGUUGGAAGAUCUGCCCUACCUCAAGAACCUGCAGAGCAUGCUCGAAUGUUACGGCAAGAAGGUGGCCGAAUUCGAACAUUCGUAUUUACCACGCGAAGGAGAAAUGUGUUUGGUGGAGUGCCUGAAGCAUUGGUACCGUGGCGUAUGCUACGAAACGGCUGGCGACGGUAAACCGGCCAUCUUUCUGUGCGAUUACGGUUCCAUGACGCUGGUGGAUCUAUCCAACAUUCGCAAAAUACCGAUCCAGCUGGCAACGAAAGCGGUCCGCACGCACGACGGUACGGUGGCGAAUCUGGACGAAGCAAAGGCAGAAGGUUUAACGUUGGAUACCAUGUUUCUCGACAUAUAUCUACCCGAAAACGAAUUGGUUACGGUGGAUGUAAGCCAAACAACUUUCGAGGAAGGAUUGCCCGGUACCCAGGUCAAGGAAACGUACACCCUGAUUAACUUGCACGAGUUGGAUAUUUUUUUUAACUCCCGCAACGUGACUUUAUAA